UGUGGUGCUGUCUGCUCUCCUCUCCUCCCUCGGUCACGGUCAUUGUUAUUUAUUAUUAUAAGUUUAAGGUUAAGGUUAGUUUAGUAGAAGCAGGAAGGAGAUACAAAAUAUGUAUUUUGAAAUCUUGAGAUAGAGGUAACUUAGUUAUUUAACAUUCGACUCUUUAUUUUGUACUGUUAUCAACAUGUCUAGAUUUGUGUUUAAUGUGGUCAAAAAUGGGAUCACCUACACUACAUCAUCGUCUACUUUUUUAGUCAAGCCUAGUGUACAAUUUAAUCACUCUCUGAGAUGGUACAGACCUAGAAAGCCUUUUUGGCUGCCCAUAGCAAAAACAAAGAUGUUCCGAAUACCAGUCAAACCACAAAUACCAGAAGACGAACUCAAUGAAAUUACUAGGCUCUAUAAUGUCUACAGAACACAGAUGAAAUCUGUUAGAGCCUACUUUAAAGAGUAUUUAAUGUCGCAAACAACUGCACCAGAAGUCAUUGCAGAGCAAAAGCAGAAGGAAGCGGAACAACAUGCGUGGUGUAUUAAAGAAAAUGACUUGUGGAAUAUUGAGGUUGCCCAAGUCUCGUGAAGUAGAUUGGCCCAAAAUGCCAUUGAAAGGGAAAAGGCUAUAUUAGACAAAAUAUUAACUCAUGAACAAAAACAAAAGGAACUGGUCGGUAAAAUAGAUGAGCACAUAAGAAUGGAGAAGGAAGCAGCAAAGUCUUUCAUUACAGCAUGUAAUAUUGAUGAAGCCCUAGAAAAUGCGAUGAAUAAUGUUGUGGAUUACAACUACUGUAUUGAUCUGCAGGGUAACACGUACAAAGGGCGAUAUGCAAAACCAUCCCCUUCAGCCCCUGGCAAAAACCUCAAAAUAUCUUCUUCUGUAAUAGAAGGAGAGGUCAAAGCUGAAGUUAGAAGUUAGUUUUCUGUGUUACUUAUGUAGUGUUUCAUAUGUAACAAAAUAAAAUACAGAAAAUCCCAUUCUAAAUAUUA